UUCAAUCUGAGAUAUAAUCACAGACUGAUUCUUCUUGUGGGACUAGUUUUAUUAGGAUCCUACUAGUUGUCUGGUGAGGAUAUAAUACCAGUCUGUCUCUGAGAUGGAGUCCAGAACUCUUCUACUUGUUCUGGGUCUUGAUUUCAUUCUACUGGUGAACCUAGUGGCCAAAGGUUGUGACCCUGGCUUCAUAGCCAAAGGGAGUCAAAAAUGUGAUGAUAUAGAUGAGUGUAAAGAGUGGGACAGUAACCCACCCUGUGGAAGUAAAGCCACGUGUUACAACACACAGGGGAGCUUCUACUGUCACUGUCUACCUGGGUUCAGAUCCACAACGACUUUAAAGUUUACUCCUCUCACUGGGGAGUGUAACGACCUCAAUGAGUGCCUGAUAACGCAUGUUUGUGGCAACAACACCAUUUGCCUCAACACCAUCGGGAGCUACAACUGCCAAUGCCAACCUGGCUUCAGAGUCUCUACUUACACUGGACGCUGUACAGAUGAGGAUGAGUGUGUGUGGGUUCCCCCGGUGUGUGGCGUGCUGGGGAUAUGCACAAACACACCUGGCCGAUACACCUGCACCUGUCCGCCAGGGCUCAGUAACCACGGCAACAACACUGCCCCCUGCACAGACAUCGAUGAGUGUCUGGAGAAAACACAGAUUUGUGGCAGCAACGCCAGUUGCCUCAACACCAUUGGGAGCUUCCACUGCCAGUGUCAACCUGGGUUCAGAUUCUCUAAUCACACUGUGAAGGACUGAUGGAAAGUCCAAUAUCAAGUUAUCUGAUGAGUUUACCAAUGAUUUUGUCACGUCUGCUCCUGCUCCCCCUCUCUGACGCUCAAGGUUGCCAGGCGGCUCAUCAUUACUCACACCUCUCCCCAUCGUUACGCGCCCCAGCACUUCAUCGGACUCACCUGGUCUCCAUCACGUCAUUGAUUAUCUAUCCUAUAUCUGUCACCCAUCCAGUUCAUUUUACAAAUCUGCAUUGAUGUUGCAUUGUUUCUCCUGUCCAGAAGCUCUUACUGGUUUUUGUGUCUGUUAAUCCAUUAAAUAUUCAUUCCCUGUACUUACUUCUCGUCUCCCAGCGUCUGGCAUCACAGAGCCAUUACAGAUUGUGUACAUUUCCUUUUUAAAGACUUGCUGAGGCAUUUAACAGUUAGUGAGACUGUAGUAAUAUACAGUAUAAAG